UGACAACACCCCUGCCCAGUGCCCACUAAGUCAAACCAGUAAAAAGCUACUCAAAACAAUAAGAGAGACAUGUAUAGAACCUAUAAAACUAUCAAUGCAGGUAAGUAAAAUCUAGGAGCUAAGAGCUACAGUUAAUGCAAGUCCUAGAACAAUGAGGUAUCAAUCCCUCGAACAAUUUCCACUUCCUUCCGCAACUGUCAGCUUAUUUUAACUCAAAAAGAGAAAAUCCGACAUACCACAUCAUUAAAAUUCGUCACCUCAUAAAAACCAAUCCAACUUGAUACAAGCAUACCCAUUGUUAUCGAAGUAACGUAACCACAAUAUUUUUAGGGUUUUCUGAACUUUUCUCAACAACGCAAAAAACUAAAAGGAUAAUGCAAAAUUGAAGUGCAAUCUCACACCUAAGAGAAGGCUCUAUCAAUAUAAGGGUAGAGGCUCGAUCAAAGUUAAGAUGCAUAAUUCACAAGCCUAAUAAUCAAUGAACAAAAGGGAUUUUUCAAUUAAGUCUCCUCUCUUAACUCAGUUUACAACCCUUUAGAAAAUAAAAGCCUAAUUCUAAUGACAAGGAAAUAAAUCUAACUAAAAUACUGAAAAAGGAAAAAAUCCUAACACAAAAAGGUAAUUUAAGUCGUCAGACAAAUUCCUCGGUGAGUCCUGCAAUUCCACGGUCGUGGAAUUGAUGUUUGUGGUCGUGGAACUCCCCUGCCCAAAUCCCAUGUCUAGCCUUCUCUUCCACGAUCAUGCAAUUGGAUGUCUGACCGUGAAUUUUGAACUGGCCACCACACCAUCUUCAGGUUGCUUGUUUAGUGUCCCGGAAGUUUUGAUCUUCUCAUCCAACGCUCUUUAGCAAGACUUGUAUCCAACUCCCAACUGUCCUCGAUGAGCUCCCAAUAUGAACGAGUAAGAGUCCAAAGUAGGUACCUUGAAUCUGUUUCCGCACUUAGCCGUAUCAGCAAAUAAUUGACAACUAGUGAGAAAAUCUUCUUCUACAAUUCGUCGUCUGGGGGAAUUAGAAGGGUUGGGUCCGUGUUGGAUCAUGGUUGGGUUUUAAAAUAUCUUGGGUCUGAUUUUUUUUUAUGUAACUAUUCGGGUAUCGAUUUUUUAGGGUUAAAAUAGGCUGGUUAGGUGUUUUCCUUGGCCAUGUCAGCAAAUAAUUGACGUUGUUUGGGAUUCCAUUCUUGGGUGGUUUAUUUGGUAUCGGCCUAAGUGGUACAAAGCUUUGUCCCUUGCUUAACAAAGAUUGUUAUGAACUGACUAAAGGACUAGAGUGUUAUGAACUAACAGAUAUUAACAGAGUGUGACCAAUUUAACUAAUUCUAGUUAAUUCAUAAAUGAAAUAUAAUAUUUUUAAUAACAAAGAUGAAUUUCUUUUGUAAUUCCACUUACCAAAUUUACCACUUAUCCUAAUUUUUAUUUGCUUAAGCAAUUUAUAAUUGUGUUCUCUUUGUGGGCUUAAGUAAUACGUCGACUCCUAACUACUCACAGAAGCCCAGUCCGCUAAAAAUCCAGUGAAGUUUUACCUCUGUAACUGAAUCAGCUUCUGCUGAAUACAAACGCCAUUAAUGGCUUUUACCUUCAAUUCUUUUACACCGAGCGGGCAGUCUUCUUUCCUCAGCGGUCAAAAGCAAAGCUUCCCUUCCACAUGCUUCAGGAAGGAACCGAAGGAUCGCAACCACCAUCCCUCCAAAUCUCUCGAUGACUCUCUAACUGUUUUGAUCCUUCUCUCCUGUCCGCCAUCUGUGUCACCGUGGCCGGCAAAUUAUGGCAACUUACCGCCGGGCGAAGCUCGCUCUCGACGCCUUCCGGAGAUUCUCUUCCAAGACCGCCGCCGAUGCUGCUCACCGGCCGUCAUUUCAAGAUUCCGCUUCCAGAAUCCACCGCACCGCUGCUCCGAAUCCAGCUAAGUUCUCGACCUCGCAUCCUUACUCUUCUCUUCGUGAAAGUUUCGGCUUAGGGUUAGGAUCAAGAACAUUACAAUCCUCGGCCGCAAGGCGGGGAAUCGUGAUUCCCAACCACAAUCCUUUCGGCGGCGGCGGGGCUAGGCGGUUCUACUAUGUGGAUCCCCGCCAGGUCCAGCAUUUCAAACCUAGGGGAUACCGGCGGUGGCUCCGGAACCCCAGGAAUGUUCUGAUUGUCGUUCUGGUGAGCUCCGGCGUUGUAAUCACAGUCUAUUUCGGUAACCUCGAGACUGUUCCCUAUACCAAGAGAAAGCAUUUUGUGCUGUUGAGCAGCGACAUGGAGAGGAAGAUGGGCGAGUCUCAGUUUCAAGAACUCAAAGGCUCGUUCAAGGGCAAGAUCUUGCCUGCGAUUCAUCCUGAUAGUGUUAGAGUCCGUUUGAUUGCCAAAGAUAUAAUCGAGGCUUUGCAAAGAGGGGUGAGUCACGAGCAAGGGUGGAAAGAGUUGGGCUAUGCUUCCACCGUCGAUGGUGCUGAUGCAGCUGCAGGGCGCAGUGGGCGAGCUAGGGAGACUCAUAAGAUGUUGAGUGAGGACGAAGGGAAACCGGAGGCUGAUUGGGGGAAUCAGGACGAGAUUCUUGAUGAUAAGUGGGUGGAGAAGACUAGACAGAAGGGAAGGAAAGCUGGAACUUCGCAUUUGGAUGGACUAAACUGGGAGGUUGUGGUUGUUGAUCAGCCUGUGGUCAAUGCUUUCUGUUUACCGGGUGGGAAGAUUGUUGUUUUCACCGGUUUGCUUAAGCAUUUCUCAAGUGAUGCUGAGAUAGCCACGAUUAUUGGCCAUGAGGUUGGGCAUGCUGUGGCGAGACAUGGAGCAGAGGGGAUCACUAAGAAUUUGUGGUUUGCAAUUGUGCAAAUUAUUCUUUUCCAGUUCAUAACGCCGGAUCUUGCCAACACAAUGUCCACUCUCUUCUUGAGGCUUCCAUUUUCUCGAAAGAUGGAGAUCGAAGCUGAUUACAUAGGUCUACUGUUGAUGGCCUCUGCUGGAUACGAUCCCCGCAUGGCUCCAGGUAUAUAUGAGAAACUGGGGAAGAUCGGUGGGGAAUCCGCAUUGAGAAACUAUCUCUCUACUCAUCCAUCAGGGAAGAAAAGGUCACGGUUGCUAGCACAGGCACAUGUGAUGGAGGAGGCACUCAAUCUGUACAGCGAAACAUUGUCAGGACGUGAGGUUGAAGGCUUCUUUCUGUAAGCUCAUAACACUGUAUGGUGGUGGCUUUCACAUUGAGAUAAAGUUUGAGUUCUGUUUCUGGUUCAUGGCUUAUCAACAUAGUUCAAAUUCAAUUGGAAAUCGCUAUCCCUAACGCAGGCCGUCAGCUUAGUCGCUUUGUAGUUGUAACUUGUAAGAACUAAGAUCAAGUGCCGACUUGGAUAUUGUUUAUUUCGUUUCAUUGGGCUCGUAGUCGCUUUACCGUGGGGCAAAAAUGCACGGAUCCAGCCUUUUCAAAAUUGUUUUCUCUCCCCACUCUAUAUAGUCUAUAAAAGGAAGAAACAAUUUUUUCAAACUUCUCCGAAUGGAGGUAGGAAUAGCAAUCGGGUAUCUCGAUAUCCAUAUUCUUCUUGUGGUAGAUUGGGUCCGGGUCGGAUAUCUUGAUAUGCAUACCCGUCCUGUGGUAGGUUGGGUCUAUAUCGGAUCAUUUUUCAUGAGAUUUGGAUCAGGACAGGUUGACCCAAUGAGUAUGUAAUUUAUUUAUAUGAAAAACAUUGAAAAUAUUCACUAUUUUCAUUAAAAGACCAAGUAACAAACCAUUAGAAAUACUCAUUAUUUUUAUUAAAAGACCAAGAAACAAAUCAUAAUAUGAUCAAAUAUAGUUAAAGUAUUGGA